UCCGCAGUCAGAGCGAAACUUAUCCCCGCUCGGAGAAGCAGGGAGUCUGGACUCGCUGGUUACCACCGCCGCUGCUUCACUCGCUUUCUCCCGGAGAGAUGAGGCGGAAGGAGAAGAGGCUGCUGCAGUUCGCCGGGCUGCUCAUAGCGGCUCUUCUUUUCCUCCCCAACGUCGGCCUGUGGUCUUUGUACCGGGACCGAGUGUUCGACAACUCACCCGACACCGUGGACGGACCGGGCGGCAUCUCCCUCCUACAGGGUUUGAACCAGAUGAGGAGGGUCGUCCAGGUGGGUCUCGAUGGUGUGCGACGGACAGACUGGCACGACUAUGAGGCGAUGAGGAGAGACGCUGUUCGCUCAGGCAAUGGUGAACAGGGAAAGCCGUUCCCUCUGACAGAAAGUGACCGGAUCGACCAGGCUUACCGGGAGAACGGCUUUAACAUUUAUGUCAGCGACCGGAUUUCCCUCAACCGCUCCCUCCCCGACAUCCGCCAUCCAAACUGUAAACAGAAGCUGUACGCAGAGAAGCUGCCCAACACCAGCAUCAUCAUCCCUUUCCAUAACGAGGGCUGGUCGUCGCUGCUGAGGACCGUUCACAGCGUCCUCAACCGCUCGCCUCCACAGCUCAUAGCAGAGGUCAUCCUGGUCGACGACUUUAGCGAUAAAGGUACCGAGGACGCGGACACACACACUGAUCGGAACACACACAUGCACAGUAACACACAUUAA